GGCAGAUGAGCAUCUUCCUUCUACCUCUUCUGACGGAACAAGCGCGCUCGCACUCCCAAUAGUGUCUCGUUGUCAGGCGGUCUCGGGAGGGAAUCUUGGUGAACAGGCUGGACACGAAGAAGCCAAUAGCAAUAGAACGAUAGCAGAUACAGUAGACGUUGAAGUAGAGGUGCUGCUGUCAAACAUAACUGAAGAAGUCGACGGCGCGCCAGUACAUGCAGAUGGCCAACAUGAUCCACGACUUACAGGAGUUACAAACAAUAUUAAUACAACAACUACACCGGAUCAUUCACGUUCACCGACUUCUAGGUCAAGCCUGGAAGAUGAAGUCGAAGAGGAAGACAACGGUACAGACGGGGAGGACGAUGCCAGUCGUGGUGAUCGCGAU